AUGGAAGGCCAAGUUAGACAGGUAGGGAAUGAUUCGCUCCCUGGCACUAGGAAGAUUGACGAAAAUCACAGAUUUGUGUUUACUCUUAUUACAAUAUCGAUCGAUGCUAUUUUGAGCACUAGUUUGCUAACGGAAAAGGUCUUUAGGUGUCCAAACUUUGCCAACAAAUGUAACGUUGUGUAUUUGUCGUCUGGAUUGACUUCAUUCGUCCUGGCUUCUUUCUUCUUUUCACUAAACUUUACUACUUUAAUGGUUUAUGGAUGGUUACUGGUACCAUGCAAAAUAGCGAUUGUACUCGUAGGCAUGUUUGGCAAUGGCAUGAUUGCUAGGAAUCUCUUCAUUCUCUGCUAUGGAAUAAAUGGAGCUCUUAAGGCCCUAAUCUUGCAAUCAUGUACAUAUGUUAUAUCAAGACACUUUACAAACUCGGCAUUUGCGGUACUAUAUUCUGGCUAUCCGGGUGGAUCUAUUUUGAUAGGAGUUGUACAGUAUCUUCUGGAGCACGCAAUAGAAGUGGAAUCUAUAGAGGACAUGCGAUUUUGCCUGGUAUUAUGUCAUUUGGUACAAGCUGUUACAGCAACGGCAGCACUUGUCUGGAUUACGUACCUUUACGCCAACUACCAUGAAAAGACCCCAAAUCACAAAAAUGUUGAUCAUGAACUUGGUACGAAUCGUUGUGAACCCGUUUCACUGUUUUCAAAAGCAAAGAAGUUUUUAAAAGCUUUGAGCACUGUACACUACUUCUUUCCACGUUUCCUUCUGCAAGUUGAAGCGACUAUCAUCAGAUACUUCUUUUAUCCCUGUCUCAUUCCAUUCCUCUUGGAAAUUUCAGAUAAUGCGAAACUCAUCAUUACACUCGCAUAUAAUUUUUGUGACUUUGUCGGUAUGAUUGUCUAUUCUGGUAUAAAUGAAAAAAUCGAUCCGUUGGCUCGAAGGUUAUCACAGCCCCGCCUCUUGUUUGUAUUUUUGAGGGACGUUUAUUUGCACAUUAUUGGACUUGUUUGCGUUGGAACUGCUUCCUUUGUCAUAUUGGCUAGUUGGAUUAAAAUUGAUUUCAUUGCUAAAUCCCCUACUGUACUAUUUUUCAUAACUGUAUUCAUUUGUUUCGCAAUCGGCAGCCUCUCGUCUAGGGCUGUCAAUGGUUGUUUUCCAUUGGUUGAAUACUAUAGUACACAAACAAAAGAUGAUGGAAGCAGAAUUUUUGGUGACGAAAUACUAAAAAUGGAUAAUAUUAUUAACGAUGUAGUGGUAUUUCUCGACUAUAGUUCAUGUGUUUUAGCGUCUUCCCUCUCAAAUAUGAUUGAACAGAUAAUUUUAAAUCAUAGGGGUAUACAGAUCACUACGUGA